CAAAUUGCAACGAAACAUCGGUUAUUUUGUAUUUCAGACUUAUCUUCCUAGCAUACUAAUCGUCAUGCUGUCAUGGGUUUCAUUUUGGAUUAAUCACGAGGCGACAAGUGCAAGGGUUGCUUUGGGAAUUACCACGGUGCUGACUAUGACAACGAUCAGCACUGGCGUUCGUAGUUCAUUGCCUCGAAUAUCUUAUGUAAAGGCUAUUGAUAUCUACCUUGUGAUGUGUUUCGUAUUCGUCUUUGCCGCGCUUCUUGAAUAUGCGGCCGUUAACUACACGUACUGGGGAAAACGAGCAAAAAAAAAGAUAAAGAAACUCAAGGACUGUGAUCGACAAAAGAUAGGUAAAAGUGAAAGAUCUGUAACGUGUUCAACGACAGAAGACAUAAUUGAGCUUCAGGAUGUACGCAUGAGCCCCAUACCUUCGUUACGGAAAAGUAAUUAUAAUGCGACUAUUGGCUCAAUUGGCACCGAGACCUUAAACUUGACCAAGUUUCCGCCAAGUUUUCGAAUUACGCGCAACUAUGGCACUGCACGUAACCAACUGCGACAUCGUUCACAGAGGGGAAUCUCAACUAGACCUCGCAUGUUGCAUGCAAUAAAAAAAAGCGCAUCUGCCAUCAAAGCCACUAUACCGAAGAUCAAAGAUGUGAACAUAAUUGAUAAGUACUCGAGGAUGAUAUUUCCUAUCAGUUUUCUUGCAUUCAAUCUUGGAUAUUGGUUAUUUUACAUAUUGGAAUGAUAGAGUGAAUUUUUUUGCGCAAACCGAAGUUUUCUGAUUUACUUGGGGGUCAAUAAAUGUUUAUUGAAUAACAAUAGUAAUACACUGUAAUAAAAAAUACUUAGCACGAGAUACAAAUUAGGAUACAAUAUAAACCAAAUUUUUUUUUUUAAUUUAGUGGCAGUGCAGUUUUACGUUUUUCAAGUCGGCAUCUACAGCUUUCUAUCACUAUGCAAAAACAUAUUUACGUUUCAAACCAGAACGACUGUUU